AUGCUCGCUCAAUUUCUUGUUGCCUUCCUGGCUGCAGGCGCCAUCGCCAGCCCUGUCCCUUCCGGAAACGAAAAAUCUCCAAGCUCGUCUAAUCCCCAGCCCAAGUCCGCCAAGACCCACCCCGCGUUCGAGUCUUUCACGCAAGCGAUACCCUUGAGUUUUCAAGGGGGUUCCUUUGCGGACCAUUUUGACAUCAAGGGAGGGGUCGACAACACGAAGCCAAUCCAUUACCCUUCGGCGGAUUAUGUGUACCACCCCACAGCUCACCAGCGAAAAGCCGCCGUUGACGAUGCCGAACCCAAGCAGAAGCCUCCACCUACUCACUUCAGGACUCCCCGGUCGAUAUAA